CCCAAAAUCAGCAGCCUCAGCUCUAGAUGUUUCUGCAAAGCCACCAGCCAGCUCUCACCUACCCAGGAAGAGAAGAUCGCUUCCAAGACAGUGCACUGCACGGUCCCUGCAGGGAUCUCACAGGAGUAACCCAGCUUUAACUUUUUGUUCCUAUUUGGCUAUACUUUUUCUGCAUUCGCCUCGACACCCUCGCUACACUUUUUAUUGGAGGGUUCUCUUGUUUUCCGGAAUUUCAGUCUUCCUGUCCGGCCCCUCCAUGGCUCCAUUAACCGAAGUCGGGCCCUUCUUGGGCGGCCUGGAGGGCUUGGGCCAGCAGGUGGGGUCGCACUUCCUGCUGCCUCCCGCAGGGGAGCGGCCUCCGCUGCUAGGGGAACGUCGGGGCGCAUUGGAGCAGCGGGGCGCCCGUGGCGGGCCGGGUUCCGUGGAACUGGCGCACCUGCACGGCAUCCUCCGCCGCAGGCAGCUCUACUGCCGCACCGGCUUCCACCUGCAGAUCCUGCCCGACGGCAGCGUGCAGGGCACCCGGCAGGAUCAUAGCCUAUUCGGUAUCCUGGAAUUCAUCAGUGUGGCAGUGGGACUGGUCAGUAUCAGAGGUGUGGACAGUGGUCUUUACCUUGGAAUGAAUGACAAAGGAGAACUCUAUGGAUCGGAUAAAUUGACUUCUGAAUGCAUCUUCAGGGAGCAAUUUGAAGAGAACUGGUAUAAUACCUAUUCAUCUAACAUAUAUAAACAUGGAGACACUGGCCGCCGGUACUUUGUAGCACUUAACAAAGAUGGUACUCCAAGAGAUGGUGCCAGGUCCAAAAGACACCAAAAAUUUACCCAUUUCUUACCAAGACCAGUGGACCCAGAAAGAGUUCCAGAAUUAUACAAAGACCUACUGUUGUACACUUGA